AAGGACCUUGUGGAGGUGUGUGGUGAUAACAUCAUGUCUGUCUCUCAGCUGAUCACUGUCGGAGCCACCGCUCAGGGUGUCACCAGUUUCAACACCAAAGGCAACUUCUUCUGCAUGUACCUGGGCGGAGCCAUUGCUGUCAUUAUCGCCAUAUACGUGUCAGGAGGCAUCUCAGGAGGGCACCUGAACCCGGCGUACUCGCUCAGCCUUUGCGUCCUGGGCAGGUUCCCUUGGAGGAAGUUGCCCCUUUACGUUCUCAUCCAGCUGGUGGCGUCCUUCACCGGCGCUGCGGCAGUGUUUGCUUUAUAUUACGAUGCCAUCCAAGCUUAUACCAAUGGGACCCUGACGGUUUUCGGACCAAGAGAGACAGCUUCCAUAUUUUCCUCAUACCCCGCCCCCUAUCUUAGCACCUGGAACGGCUUCCUGGAUCAGGUGAUGGGAACAGCCAUGUUGAUGAUUGGCAUCUUGGCCAUCUGUGACCCCAGAAACAAACCUGUCCCCAAGGGUCUGGAACCUGUCGUUGUGGGUUUGCUGGUCUUCUCCAUUGGAUUGUCUAUGGGUGCCAACUGUGGAUACCCCAUCAACCCAAGUCGAGACCUGGGGCCAAGGCUGUUCACCUACGUGGCUGGAUGGGGAGCCGAUGUAUUCAGAGCUGGAAACAGCUGGUGGUGGGUCCCUGUGGUGGCACCAUGUGUCGGGGCAGUUCUCGGUUCUCUGCUGUACCAGAUAUUAGUGGAAUUCCACCACCCGCCAACGGAGAGUGAAUGCGGAGAGGUCUUGACCGGGGAAGCCCUACAAGAGAACGGGAAGGAAAUUCCCAUUUAUACAGUACAUUUGGACAAUUCUUUUUCUCACCGGCUGUGAGUUUGGAGCUAGAGGACACGGGGCACUGGGUGGUCCUGCCCACCGGCCUUUCCGAGGAUGGUGCACCAUUGGCUCUGGUUCAUUAUUCCUCCUACCGUCAGUGUGACUCCCACAGUAGCUCUAUAUUUAUCAAUAGACGUUGAGAGAAUCUUAUUGGCAAAGUUCCUGGAGUUAUUUGCAAAGAAGUUUACAUUGGACAUUUCAUCAGAAAUCCGUCAGCUCAGUCUCUCUGGUACAUGUCUUAUUUAGUCUUAUGCAUCCUUCAGCCC